UCAAGACACUGCUCGCACCAAGCAUUUGGGUCACCUCCAAGCGCAACCAAACCCACCACAAAAGCGGUCAAAUCUCGCCCUGAAAGGAGCACGCAGGCUCCUCUCGCGCGUUCACCGUUAUCCUUGGCCAAACGCACUUGAGGAAAUUUCCCCUUUUAGUGUGUCACUAUUUCUCCGCGAGCUGUGGAUUUCCGCGAACAAAACAUAUCGGACGCGCUGAAUGUUGAGGCCCUCAAAUCACAGCAGCCCUGAUUUAAAAUCUCAGCGAGCGCCAUAUUGAGGAACAACAACCUGUCGCUUGGGAUUUAAACCUGCUGAGAUUGGUGUUUUAUUCCAUGGCCUGUUUCUUCCGGACGUGAAGACCAUGUUGCCGAAGAGGCAGACCAAGCCCGAGAUGGGCCCUCCCAAAUACCAGCCGCCGCCGCAGGUGACCAAACCAUCGACGACAGGUGCGGACACUCGACCGCAGCAACCUUCCAAAAUCAAGGAAGUGGUUGCUCGUCCGGCGUCCACCGGCCUUCUGCAGGAUGAAAUUAUCCGACCUGUCAGCCCGAGCCGUGGUCCGAUGCCCAAGAGGGCCGUUGAUGACCUGAUGGUGCGUCCAGGACUGCCCAACCACAUGGGCAACCUCGAGAGACCCGCCUGGAGACCCAUGUCGGACGAAGAGCUUUUGCACCGACCGCCUCAAGAAAUGCUGCGAAUUGUCCGAGCUGCCGAGUCCGAGAUGGCCCGUCUUCAGUCCGAGCAUGGCCAGUGGGUCCAGGACGCCCGGACGCGUCUGCAGACAAGCGCCAAUGAGCUGAGAUCCGCACAGGAUUUGGCACGCAGACUUCAGGAUGAUAAUCAGGAACUGCGAGAUUUGUGUUGUUUCCUAGACGACGACAGACAAAAAGGCAGAAAAUUGGCGCGCGAGUGGCAGCGUUUUGGCCGAUACACAGCGAGUGUAAUGAGGCAAGAAGUGUCUUCUUAUCAAGGGAAGCUGAGGGAACUCGACAACAGGCAGCAUGAGCUUAUCAGAGACAACCUCGAAUUAAAGGAAUUAUGUCUAUACUUAGAUGAAGAAAGAAACAGUCAGACAAACUGUCCAUCAUGUGGUGCAUCUCUGCGUCCAGGAACCAGAGAUGAUGGCGACGGCAGCAGUUCGAGCACAAAUGCUGAUGAGCCGAACUUGCCAGUUGCUCCCAACGCCACACCUGCUCCCCAGUACAUCCAUCGAUCAGAGAGCAGAGACAGACUCAUGGAGGACAGCAUCACCAGACAACGAAACACUUUUAAUGACCAACUAGUGGGCUACAUUCGUAGUUUGGAGCAGCGAGUGGUGCAGAUGGAAGACGAGCGACGUGCUCUCCAAACGAGACUCACGCCAGGGUCAACUGACCAACCGGUUUUGGCCCCAAAUCGAAACCAGCCUAUGGAGAAUCGUUUGGAACAGUCUAGGCCAGAGGCAGUGGUGCACGCCCUCCAGGUGCUCCAAGUUCGAGAACAACUUGAAAGAAGCAACCCUAGCUCCGUGCCACAGGUGGCACCUCCAGUUGUUCCACCGCCACCACCUCAGAACACGCCCAUUUCCAACAUCAACCUACCUGAGGGUCCACCUGAUCUAGACGAUGGAGAAAAAGCUCUCGUUAGAGAAAUGUGCAAUGUUGUUUGGCGAAAACUUGAAGAGGCUCCAGCAAUUAAUAGACGGUGAGGUUUUUCCAAAUGAAGAAAAAUUUUGUCGAAAGUGCAAUUUUACUUCCAGACAAAUAUAUUUAAUUUAUGCUUCCAGUAUUAGUAGCUACAGGAAAUAUAAAGAAAAAUAUUAUUUAUUUUUACUAUGCAGUUUACAAUAAUUGUUUAUCUGUACUUGCCACAUUUUCAUGUUGUGAUUGGUUGUGGUUUUUAUAUAAAAUGAACAGAUCUUGCCGCAUUAUUGCUCACUAUAGAAUUUAUUGGAAUAAUAAUCAAACUUUGUAAAUGCCCACUUUAUUUUUGUAAUUCCUGAACAGACCAGUGCAAGUUAUUUCCGAAGUAAUAAUAAACCUGGGAAUCUUUAAAAGUAAACUUGAA